AAAUAUAUAUACAUGCACACUAAAUAGAUACAUCAUCAAUUAAUAAUAAUAAAGCAUUUAUUUUUUGGAAAUAUCAUGAGGGAGUUACUUCUGUUUUUGUCAGUUAUACUGACAGGAAGUCAAGCAGCUUCGCUGAUUGGAUCCGAUCAUUACUAUCAAGUAUUUGCGAUUGGAUUAGAAGAAAAGGCCGCCAAGGAGGGAGGACAUAGAGAUCUUAUGUAUUUGAGAUCAGACUAUAAUCCAUUUUCAGUCCAAGAAGUAAAGACAAGUAUAUCAGUUUCCUGUUGCGUCGAAGCGAGGCACAUUGAAGGAGAAGUAUUUACAGCGACUUGCCCUCCCGGAUGUGACGAAUUUUCUCAUAGAUUGUGGGGAUCAGGUGUUUAUACUGAAGAUUCAAGUUUCUGCGCAGCUGCUAUACACGAUGGAAUCAUAUCAGCUGAUCGCGGCGGAGCAGUCACAGUUCGAAAAAUCGAAGGGAAAUCUUCAUAUCAAGGAGCAACUCGUAAUGGACUUGAGUCAAAGCCGCAUGAUAAAGCAAAAACAUCCUUCAUAUUCCAAAAUGCAGGAAAAGCAAGACGACCUGUUUAUGAAGUUUCCUGUAUCGUGCAAGCAAGCUGGAUAAAAGAAACGGAUUUCAAUGUAAUAUGUCCAGGAGGAUGUGGUGUGGUUACAGAUAGAUUAUGGGGAGAUAUGAUGUACACUGAUGAUUCUUAUUUAUGUGCUGCCGCUAUUCAUGGUGGAAUGAUUAAAGAUUCCAUCGGAGGAGAAGUUCAUGUGAUCAAAGCUGGAGUGCAGAACGGUUUCAAAGGCAAGAAGAGAAACGGAGUUAUUAGUUCGGGAUAUAGCGGUGGAAAAGAAUCAUUUGAGCUAGAAAAAACAAGCGAGAAAUCUUCAUCUAUACUCGAAGUGUCUUGCUACUUCCGUGUUGAUCAUGUAGAAGAAGAAGUUUUUACUGCAAGAUGUCCCCCUGGAUGUGAUACGGUGUCGGAUCAACUUUAUGGAACUGGGAUUUACACUCAAGAUUCGUUCCUGUGCGCAAGUGCUAUUCAUGCAGGAAGAAUACCUGCACCACUUGGCGGAGUGGUAACCGUGUUCAAAACAUCUGGCAACAUCAAUUUUGUUGGAAGUCUUCAAAAUAGCAUCGGUUCUAAAGACAGUGAAUAUUUGAAUACGUCAUUCAUUUUCCAAGCUUCGACAAUCAAACAACCCGAAAUCGUUACAGUUGCAUGCCAACUUCGGGGCGAUCACUUGCGUGAUGAUGUUUCCACCGUUGUUUGUCCUGGUGACUGUGAUUUCGAAACUUACGAUGUUUGGGGAUCAGAAACAUACAAAUCUGAUUCUCAUAUCUGUGCUUCUGCUGCUCACGCUGGAAUUAUCGAUGUUUCUCUUGGAGGACCAGUGACUGUGAAGCGAGUAUCGGGAAUGAAGGCUUACGAAGGAAAUACAAAGCAAAGAAUUAUAAGUAAACCGUUUGCCGAAUCUUCCACUGCUUUCACUUUUGCUGAUAACAUAGAAAAGGUUGGAUCAAUACUGGCGGCCACUUGUGAUUUCACUGCCGAUCUCAUCAGUGAUGAUUUGUUUUCUCUCAAAUGUCCUGCUGGAUGUUCUGGUGGAUCAUCAAAGGUAUGGGGAGAUGGAGUGUACACCAGUGAUUCUCCGUUAUGUGCAGCUGCAAUUCAUAACGGUUAUCUCAAAGAAUCUCUCGGAGGCAUAAUCACAGUUCAUAAAGUACAAGCAAAGGCAACUUACAGCGCUGCGAAUCGUAACGGAAUACAAUCAUUUGAAUAUGGCAAGUGGUCAAGCGCGUCAGUCAUCUUCCAAAGACCAUGCGUUGAAGUUGAGCCUAUGUAUCCAUUACUAACAGUAACAUGCGAAACAAGAGCAAAUUUCAUGGUGGAUGAUGCUUUCACGGUCGUCUGUCCUGCUGGGUGUGAUAUGAAUAUUGACAAUAAUGAAGUAUGGGGAACAGGAGUCUAUACUGAUGAUUCUUACAUAUGUGGUGCAGCUAUUCAUGACGGAAGAUUGAACGCUGACGUAGGAGGGCAAAUUAUGGUUGGAAAGAUUCCAGGAAUGUCAACUUAUGCUGGAAGUACACAAAAUACAAUUGAGAGCAAGUCCAAAGGAAAAUGGAGAAAAUCAAUUACAUUCGAAGAUGCCGUUCUCCAGCACACAUCAACCUUUACAAUCACAUGUGAUGUGGAAGCAAAUAUGAUAAUGGAUGAAGAAUAUUCCGUUAUUUGUCCCCCUGGCUGUGAGGAAGAAACUGAACGAGUGUGGGGAAACGACAUUUAUACCGAAGAUUCGUUCAUUUGUGCUGCGGCAAUUCACGCCGGAAAAAUAAAUGUAGCAGAGGGAGGAAGAGUGUCAGUCGUUACAACAGAAGCUAAAAAUUUCGAGAGCACGACGAGAAACGGAAUCCAGAGUAAACCAUACGACAAGGAAGCAAAAGCAUGGAAAUUCGUUUGAGUUACUGAAGAUACAAUUCAUUCAUAACCCCUUUUUCAUCAUAAUUUCCGUUCCAUAAGUUAGCUUAUUUUGAUUGUAACAUAGUGAUAUCGCUCCAGACACUGCUUUUUCUCAAUAAAUACAAACGGUUAGAAAUGGAGUCAUCUAAACAUGGAAUUGGAAACAAUUGGUGGUUUAUAUGGUUGGGACUCGACAACCUAAUAACGACAACGCUACCGGACACAAAUGUGUGAUCAUGAACCGUUUUGUUAUGGUGUCUCCUAGAAAACUAUUGUUUUUAUUGCCAUUUGACGCCUCGAUUUACCCUGUUAUUGUGUAAGUGACUAGCUCUCAGAUAAAGAAGUCAAUAUUCUACAAUAUAGUUUGCUUGAAACUAUAUGCAGCCAUUUUUUCAGUUAAAUAUUGCUUUAUUUCAUUUUUUUCAUAAUUUGAGCUGUUCGGAUGAAUAAAUGCUGUCAAAAAAUAA